AAGCUGCAGGUGGAGUACAUGUCCUUCAGUGCCCACGCUGAUGCCAAGGGCAUCAUGCAGCUGAUCCGCCAGGCUGAGCCCAGGAAUGUGCUGCUGGUCCACGGCGAGGCCAAGAAAAUGGAAUUCCUGAAGCAGAAAAUCGAGCAGGAGUUCCAUGUCAGCUGCUUCAUGCCAGCCAAUGGAGAGACCACCACCAUCCUCACCAACCCCUGCAUCCCCGUGGACAUCUCCCUGGGCCUCCUCAAGAGGGAAGCAGCCAUAGGUGACCCUUCCCUCCCCAUUCCCUCCCUGCUGCUGGCUUUACAAAGCUUAAAAUAGAAUUUUAAAAAUAUAAAUUUAAAAUAUAAAAUAUAGAUGUCAUAAAAUAUAAAAUGGUAAAAUAGAAUUUCGCAAAUUUAAGAUGCAAUUUAUGUGUUUAA